UUGCCUCAUUGGGGCAGAAAAUACAAUUCCUCCCCACAAACAAUGGUUCACCUAUGCAUUAAACGUAUUGUUAAAAGAAAUUUACAAGGUAAACAAAACGCAAGACUCUGCAAGACUCACAGUGGCUUAAUGUUGCCUGAUUCAUCCUAUGACAAAUUGACUAGACUAAACUUUAGGCACAUAUCUGAAUAUGUAAUUUAUUCAUUCAUCUUCAUGGCUGUCACUCAAUGGUGUUAUCCUGCUAGCAGCCAGCAGGCUCUCAUUAUGCAAACUCAAACAAGACUGUGGAAAUGAGUUUGCUGUCCCAGAGUAGCUUGAGCAAAUACAGCCUGACGAGUCAUAUUGGAGCGGACUUAGAAGUUUGCUUAGGUCUGAACAUCCACACAACGCCUUCCUGGUACGUGCAAGAAUUUUUUGUCAGUGGAAGAAUUUUUUGCCAGUGGAGAGAACCGAGUAAACAACAGCCUGAUCCUCAAAACCAAACAAAUCUUAAUCAGUGAGAGGCAGUGCUGUGGACUACGACUAAAAGAUGUCCAUCUGCACGUGGGAGUAGAUAUCUUUCUCGAGUUGAAAACUACACUGCUUCCAUGACCACAUAAGACGAACCUAAGAUGGAGAGCAUUAGGAAACAUCAUUUGAUUACAUUUGCACCUAGUUUUUAAUGUUAAAGUGGAUGAAGAAUAUUAAUCAAUUUGUGUCACAGGUCAGACUCUAUACAACAACUCGUAUGUCAAAAUGAUACAACAGUGCCAUCCUGUGGCACAAUUUAUUUUACCUUCAACAAAAUAUUUUUUGGUGUUCAAUGGCAUUGGAAAUUGAUAAAAGAGAUUGUAAAUAAAGUCAGUUACAGUACUUGAUGACUAACUAAAUAGCCCUAGAAAUAUUUCUUACACGGUGCUAUAAAGCCAACUCAGCUAUGUAAAUGCUAUUGAAACUGACCAAAAAGAACUCAGGACAGUGAAAAUAUACAUUGCUCAUUUUACGUUUACUCAGUCAACUCCAUUAAAUUAGCCAGCCAUUAAAUCCGAAGCAAAAUUUAGAGAUAAACAUUGAACUCGGUCAAAUUGAGCCUGGGGUUCAAAAGAGGUUGUGUCCGCUGCUUUUUACAUAAUACAAAUUUUGCAAAUAAAGUCACAGUAUUUGAGUAGUCUGAACAUAAUUGCAAUUCACUUUAAAAUAUUAAUCUUUCUUUCAAUCAAUUUAAAACCGGGCGACAAGUCUGGACAUAAAAAAAAGAGUCUGUGCAAAAUGUUUAUAACACUAGCAAGACAUCAUUUAAAAUUGGUCACAAGAGACUUAGAGGAAUCAUCUAUAUAGUACCUUCAUUCGAUACAAAAGGCCAUUAUUUGUUUGUGCAAAAAAUACAUUUGACAUUUUAUCUCAACAAGUAAUAGUUUGUUUCCUUAAACAUAUUCCUCUCCAUUAUUUUAAUGGACAAUGUUUUUGAAAUGACUAAACUGCAGAUUUGUCAGCACUUUGACACUGAUGUGAAGGACGUUCCCAAUCGCAGCUAAUCGUCAACAUCAGCCUGCAAGCCUUCAACGUCAACAGCAUUUUUUAAAUUUCUGCCUUAUUGUCCUUCUGCAAAUCUUUUAUCUUGGACACAAUAGAUAAAGGACAUUCGCAAAUCCUGCUGGGAUGGACCGGAUUAGACGGCAGAUCAGCAGACAACAGAGUGACAAAUACAGCUCUGGUGGGGGAGGGGGGUGUGAUGGAAAUUUUUAUCUAAAAUAGGCUCCAAUUAUGAUGGUAGAUAAAAGGUUUAGCAUUUACUUUCACAAAAUCAGCAGUGUUUCAGAAAAAUGGAGCUUUGCUGCUUUUAGGGCCUUUGGCAUCUGAAGUGCUCGGUUCUGCAGAGUUUUUUUUUUUUUUUUUUUUUUAAUGUGCCGUGUGGCUGAAGAGUGAGUGAGCUGAAGGGAAUGCUGAAAUCAGGGCACUGCGCUGAUAUUUGCGCCAUCUCUCAAAAUACAAAGGGCCUGAGCCCGGAGGAAGCUUUUGAAAUGUGCCGUCUCUUCAGUGUUCCGGAUAAUUCUCUUCCUGCUGACGGAUGUCUCAUUAUGACAGCGAGGGAUCAAAGACGAGCCGAGAAAGUCGUCCAACUCUGCUCCACAAAGCUGAUUCAAGUGUGAUGAGACAACAGCGGGCGUGGCUGGUGGCAGACCUUUCAAAUUUCACAUUGUUGCUUGCAUCAUGCGGGUUGAGCUUGUGAACCACCGAUGAAGUCUUCAAAAAGCAGCCAUGAGUUCUGCAAAGCCAUACAUCGGCUGCAAAAUAGGCCUACUUUCAAAAGCCCAAAAUCGCUAUGAGGGGAUUUUGUAUACAAUUGACAAAGUGAACUCCACAGUUGUGCUGGCAAAAGUCAGAUGUUUUGGAACCGAGGGACGACCUACUGAUAGACCUACACCUCCCAAAGAUGAUAUUUUUGAUUUUCUCACCUUCCGUGGAAAUGAUAUUAAAGAUAUCACAUUGUGUGAAGCUCCAAAGCUCAGUGGCCUACCUCACGAUCCAGCAAUAGUGCAAUCAAGUGUAGGACCAUCAGGUGUCUACUCACCUCUCGGACCGUAUAGUCCACUUCAGAUGCCUGCCUACAGCCAACUUGCUGCCAGUUCACUUCAGUAUGCUGCAGCGCUUGGCCUUGGGGCCAUCCUUCCAGGCUUGCAUGUUCAAAAAGGUCCCAUGGUGGAAAAAGCAGUUCAAACUCUACGUGGGGAAGAGUUUAGAAAGAGAGGUUUGGCUGCUGCCCAGGAGCAAGGUCAGCACUUGGAUAAGAUGAGAGGAGAAACAACUGGAAGGGCCAUUGGAUCAGGCAGGAGGUCGGGCCCGGGUGUGCCCGAUCCCCUCCAAAAAUCCUCUCAGCAGCAGGAUGGAAACAGGCCUCCAACCAGACGCCAAGGUGCCCGAAGACGCAGAAACCGGAGUAGGGCUCCGUUGAUGGUGGGCAAGGUUCCUUCAGCCACCCUCAAAUUUGACACGGAUUUUGAUUUUGAUUACUCAAAUGCACAGUUCAUUAAGGAGUUGGAGCAGGAGAUGCAGAAAAGGUUGAAUAUUAAAGAUGGACAUGAUGAUAAUGGAGAAAAACAAAGCACUGAAGAACGUCAGAGGAAGGAGGAGCAUCAUUCUGGACCAAAAUGCUACUAUGACAAAGCAAAGUCUUUUUUUGAUAAUAUCUCCUCUGAUAAUAAACUCAGACUCACCUGGGCAGAGGAGCGUAAACGCAAUCUGGAGACAUUUGGGGUCCCUGGAUGGUUCCGCAGAGGCCAAGGGGUCAGAGGGGGGUAUGCAGGAAGAAGGGGACGAGGCACACCUCGUACUCUAAUAUCUUAAAGAAGCAGUAAUGAACAGCUGUGAAGGUCAGGGUUGAUGGAUGCUCAUAGUAUAUUAUUUUUUUCAGAUUUUUGACAUCAAAAAGGAAAGUAUAGUUGCAUGCAGGAUAAUGUUUGCAUGCUAUUUAUUUGGGGCUGUUUGAUGCACUAACAAUGUUAUUUCCCACAUUACUAGCUUUUUCGUUUGACGAUUACGUUUUGCCUGCGACUGCAUGGCUAUUGAGUCCACGAUUUGUUUGUUUGUAAAUAUUCGUUUUCCUACUUAAUUGCCCAAGGGGCUUCCCCCCCCCCCCCCCCCCCUCUAUUUGUAUUUCUUUUUUUUUUUGACCUGUAGAAUUUGAUUUAAGUGUUUUUUUUUCUUGUCAUGAAAUACUUUUAGGUGUAACUAUUAGGCUAACCUGACUUUGAGGCUAAUGAGAUUUUGGUUUUGCUUUGUGUAAUUUAUGUAAAUAAACAAAAAGGAUGUCUAGUAUUUGCUGCUUAUCUCAUUUACAAUGUGGAGGAAUAAUGCAGACAAACUGCAUUACCAAUCACCGGUGAUUGAAAAACAUAGCAACAGAAACAUUUUGUACAAAAGGUUACAUUUUUUGGAUGGAGACUGUAAACAGCCUAAUCAAAUACUUUGGAAAACAUAUAAAAUAAUCUUGUUCCCCAUGGGAUGAGAUGUUUUCAUUGGUUUCAUAAAGUGAGGCAAGGCAUCCAAAAUGCAAAAAACUAAACAAUGUGACUGGUUUGUGUUGAUAAAGCUUGAGGUGAGUGCCCAAUCCUACAGUGUGCAUAAAGUACCGAUUGUGAUACAUGAAUGAAAACUGGCAUUUUCAGUUAUUCAACCUUCAGGGGAUGACUUUCUGCACAGGGACGGACAAAACAUGCCAAAUACAUAAUUUAUCUGUGUGCUUGCUUUACUAACUUAAGUAGGCAUCAACUCAAGUGCCAUGCUAAAGCAAUUCUGGAUUAAAACAGAUCUGUAGAUAGCACCAAAGGAAAUGGGAUUAUUUAGGGUGAAGUAAUAACUAGAAAUGUAGUUUUCCAUCCAACAUGCAUGAAACAGUGUUUUAUUUCCUCAACCCAAUGCGCAAUGAAGUUCCAAAUAAAGUCCAACUAUUAUAAACCUGGAAUAAUUAUCCUUUAACCCCAAAUUUAGAACAACCUUAACUUUCAAAUUUGAACAUUUAACCAGAGUAUAAAUCAAAAUACCUAAUGUCACUUUUUCCGGUAUCACAACAUAAUUAUACUAUUUAAUUUCUCAUAAUUUUGCAGUUUGCAAUUUUGUAGGUGGGUUAAAUAGCAUAGUA